UGUUUCGUCGCCGGAUCCAAGAAUUUGUCCAUCCCUCGUUGUACUCUCGGCUUCGGGAUCUGGUGACACAAUGGAUUGAUCAAGACGACCGGAGCCGUGACGAUACUGUGCGUUAUAAAUUGCAUAAUCUUGUCUCGGAUCUGCAGCACGUGAAUCCCCUUGAGAUUCGGUUUGAUACUGGCCAUGAAAGUUCUCGAUUCGUCAAAUUUAUCAGUCCGUAUCAGCAUUUAGUUGAACGCUGGACCGGGGAGCAUUGGGAUUGGUGGCCAUUGCCUCGCUGUCAAAGACCACUGGAAGAAUCAGAAACACGUCUACGAUGGAAGUGUGUGAGUAUUCGUUGAUCUCCGCUCCUGCACAAGAUUGAGCCCUGAUCAGUGAUGCAGGAAUGUGGUGAAGAGCGAUGGGCAGAAGUGCCAAAAAGAUUUUCCAAACGCCUUCAGUCUAUAAUUAGAAGUCUGCCCACAGGCACAACUGCAAGAGAAGAUUUGCAACCUCCUCCAGGGACCCAUACUCGAUCUGACUCGCUCCCUAGUAGCGCUCCAAAUAAUGGAAUCUCUAACCAGGCACCACAUCAGGGUCAUGGGAUUCAGCAGGCAGUUAGUCCAUCAUCGGAUCCUUCAAGUCAUCGUCGACCACCGGGACUCCAGGCCAGUAUCUUCGACAAGAGUCUCACUCAGCACCGCGUCCUCUUGGUCGUAAAACGCGGCCAUAACUAUAGACUCGCACAGAUUCGCGUGAGCGGUUCAAACCAUGAUACCUUUUUCGGCACCUUGAGAGAAGAAUAUUUCCGCCUUAGAGGUAUGAUGCGAAGCUGGUUCAGUGUUUGGAGGUACAACCAUUGCGAGUUUUACGAGUUUGAGAAGUUCGAUGACCACCUCUUCGCACCCAGAACCAAGAAUGCUUUCCCUAGCCAUGGGAAUACUGAAUAUGAGUAUCUGCCAAGACCAAUAGACAACAUUCCCCCAAUAAGUGAACACGCAUUCUGGUGCAAAUUUUACGCAUGUCACAAACCACGACCAUAUCACCUCCACCACAAAUGUAACCAGCGGAGGUCUCAUUCCAAUGAGAUGCUAAAGUCCCUCCCCAAAAAAAAGACUGAACUAGAAGAGGGGGGCGACAAGCGAGAGUACUUCUGGGGGAUCUAUGCAUGUGAAAACAUUAGUAUACGUUGGAUCAUUUUCUACAAUUUUCUCUGUGUUUCACCUUUGCUAGCAUUCUUCGUGGCAUGGAUCAUACCACAGGAGCACGGCACGGAUUUGCAAAACCCGUCUAUCCCUCUUUCCAUGAUGUGUUCGAUGCUUUCUCUCUUCUGGAGUGUAUAUCUCAGCAGUCUACAGUUUGGCAGGUCUCAUUAAAGCUGGUAUGUGUGUUAUAUCUUGGUCUGUAUUGC